AUGGCUUUACAAAUGUCAUCCAUUACUUGUUCUUCAAAGAAAAUUAAUGCUUUCAUCGAUGUCCCUAAACUGAAAAUGUUCAGAACAAGACAUGGUUCCAUCAACAGAAUUGCCAUGCAAAAUGUACGUAAAAAUGCGGUAUCAUUCGAUAACGCAGGCUUUUCCUUUGUCGAUGCCCAAAAAUCAGUUGGUGAAGACAUAUACCAACAGAAAUAUUCGGUUGAGAAUUCGAUGUGUACCGGAGAAAAUCAGAGACAGAUGCAAACUAUCGAAAAAUGUGGAAAGGAUAAUGAUAUUGCCAUCGCCAAGCUACAUGCAAUAUUAGAGGCGGUGGCCGAUCGAGUGGAGAUGCAUACGAAUAUUGGCGAGCAGCGUGAUAACUGGAACUCACUUCUCUUGAACUCUAUUAACAUGAUCACUCUCACCGGCACAACUAUGGCGGGACUCGGCGCGAUCGGUGGGGUGGAGAUGCCGGUUUUAGCGUUCAAAUUUUCGUCGUGUCUGUUGUUUUCUGCAGUUACAGGGAUGUUGAUGGCGAUGAACAAGCUUCAGCCAUCACAACUAGUCGAAGAACAGCGCAAUGCUUCAAGAUUGUUUAAGCAAAUACACAGAGAAAUCGAGACUCUACUGGCUCUUGAUCAUCACCAUCUCAAUCAAACAGAUGUGAAUAAUAUGAUGGAAAGAGUUUUAGCUCUUGAUAAAGCAUAUCCACUUCCUUUGAUUGGAGUUAUGCUUGAAAAGUUUCCAGCCAAAUUAAAGCCUACAGUAUGGUGGCCACCUCUAAAUGAUCUAUACCAAAGAGAGAGAAGACUAGAAGAUCAAGAAAGAGACUGUAAUGGAUGGACUGAAGAAAUGGAAAAUGAAAUGAGAGAAAUUAUUGAUGUUGUGAAGAGAAAAGAUAAAGAAGAUUACAUAAGAUUAGGCAACAUAGCCCUGAGGUUGAACAAAAUUUUCGCUAUUAUGGGGCCUGUGCUUACUGGGAUGGCCGCUAUCGGAUCAGCUUUUGUGGGUUCCACUUCUUUGGCGAUUUAUAUUGCAGUCGGGGCCGGCACAAUGGCUACCAUUGUGAAUUCUCUUGAGCAUGGUGGACAGAUAGGGAUGGUUUUUGAAAUAUACAGAAACGCUGCAGGUUUCUAUCAGCUUUUGGAGGAAUCAAUUGAAUCCACUCUUGAAGGAGAAUUGGAAAGGAGAGAAAACGGGGACUUAUAUGAAACAAAGGUGGCUUUACAAUUGGGAAGAAGCUUAAAGCAGCUCAAAGAACUAGCCAUGGCAUCAGCUUCCCCGAGUAAAAAUGGAGAGACCAUUGAAGAAUUUGCAAGCAAGCUCUUCUGA